GAGAGACAGUACCAGAGCUGGGCCUCCUUGACCCUUAGCACCGGCACAGAGCAACCCAGUUUGUCUUUUUCUUGAAAUUCUGCUGUGCAGCCCUACCUCUUUUCUUCCCAGGGUGUUUGCGGGAGCAGCAGUGCCAAGGGAAAGGCAGCAAAAAGAAAGAGAAUGAAAAAGGCAGCAUUUCUGAGUCCUUAGCUGAAUUAGCAAGACAAACCUUGUGGGAAGGAGCAGUAAUCGGGCAACGUGCAGCUCUCCUUCGGGAAUGUUUGCAGCUGAUCACACCGCAGCUGGAGUGCUAGAGUGAGUGAACGCUGGGCUCUCUUGACACAAAUGGGAAGUAGGGUUUUGCUGCAGCUAGAGGGCUGUGCUGAUGCACAUCUCCAAUGCUGUGUCUGGCUAUGCUGAUGCACAUUUCCAGUGCUGUCUCCGGCUGCGCUGAGGCGCGGUCCCCAGUGCUAUACCUGGUGCUGUCACUGACCACCUAAGGCUUCCAAGCAAAGCAGCUAAAGGAUCCACCCUGAAAGGAGGAGGCUGGAAUCAUUCCAGAUGAAGGGCUGUUCCUAGCCAGCAUCAUGCCUGGAUCAGGUUUACUUCAGCUACCUUCUCUCCAACUUAGUGGGUGAGACACUCUUCAUCACUCAGACUGGAGCAAUGGGCAGGAGAGGCUGAGACUGGGGGUGCAGAGGCCUCACCCUCUGGAGUGACUAUGAGUGUGCAGCUGUAGGGAGAGAGCAGCCACGUAAUUAUGGAGAGACAGCAUCCAUGGGUACCGAGGCGAUAUCCCAGCCUGACUGCAGUCUGAUGAUGGCCCCAAUUGCAUUAAACUCACUGAAGAACCCAAGGAAGUCCAGUCUGGUUUGGAGUUUACUGCAUGAUUUGCUGGUCUCUGUCUCUUCUGGAGUCGGGGUGGGGGACGACGACUGUAUGUCUUUGCCUGUGAUUCCCUGCAUCAUCCACACAUUCUCAGGAGCAUGGGUUACCCUCCCGUUAGCUCCUCCAGGCCAUUUUCAGCAUAAUGGAAAGUCUGAGUGAGCUUCAGAACCCACUGCUGGCCAAGAGCAGCAGGCAUCUUCACGGUAGCUACUCCUACCAUCAGCAUCACCCUAAUCACUGCUGCCAGGGGAAACUUUACAUCUUUCAAAACACUGGCAGUGCCAGGACUCACCAGCUGCUGGAUGCCAGUUCUCUGCAGCUGGCUGUUGAAGCAUUGUAUGGUCCCAACUUCAUCCUGGUGAAGGAUGAGACCAGUCUCAAGGCCAAGGACAACAAGGGGGAGAGCUGCGAGAUGACCUUCAUGGAAAACAAAGAGGCCCCCUCUGAGGCUGCAGAUGGGCGAGAAAAACAAGCGUCAUGCCAGAUGGAGAGUGACAUCAGAAUCCAAACAGUGUCCUAUGAGGUGGAGGAGGAAGAAUUCCAGGAGUAUGAGAGUGACUCCUCGAGUGACAGUGAGAGUGAAGAUCAUUUCCUGAUGCUCCCCCCACGAGACCACCUGGGCCUGGCCAUUUUUUCAAUGCUCUGCUGCUUCUGGCCCCUGGGGAUUGCUGCCUUCUACUUCUCCCAUAGGACCAGUAAGGCUGUCUCCAAGGGGGACUUCCAUAUGGCAAGUUCGGCCUCCCGGAGGGCCCUCUUCUUUGCUGCGCUCUCCAUCACCAUCGGCACAGGGGUCUACAUUGGUGUGAUUGUAGCACUGAUUGCUUAUCUAUCCAAAAGCGGCCACGUAUAGCAGAGACCUUGAUGCCAAAGCUCAGCACUCUACACCCAAAGGCCAGUGCUAGUGGAAUUCACGCUUUUGUGUGGCGCAUAGGACAGAACGCUAGAGAAUGAGAAAAUAUAUGUUCCAGGUUUGGAGACUAAAUGACAAGCAGUGAAGCCAAAACCCCAGGUGGAGGGUGGGAAGAGGUGUCUGUGCAGGGCUCUGUGCUGGACGGGACCCACCUUGGAAAUGCCAGUGCCCCUUAGCCCUGCUUACAGCCUAUUGCUUAUGUGUAUAGUGCCAACAACACGCUAGGUGCUUCACAGAUGGAUGUGGAGGCAAGGGCUUUUCCCCAAAGAGCUUACCGUAAAGAGACACUUUCUGCUUCAACCUGAGCUCCACUCUGGGCUUCAGAUGCCACAUCUUAAACCCUCCUCACCUUGGGCAGUCCUCCCCACACUUCCUUCCUUGCCUCCCCACGCCUCACCCUGAUGGGGCCUAGGCAGGCUCCCAACUCACAACCUCCCCUCCAUGGGUUUCUGUACACACUAUAGCAUGUUUUGUAAGAGACUCAGCAUGUUCCUUGAUCCAUGUAUUGUUCAUAUGUACAUUACAUUCUAAAGCAGCAUGUUAAUAUCUGAGAUUUCUAUUGUACUUGAGCCAUAAAAGAAGGAAACAUACAAGAGAAGAGACCUGUUCAGAAGCUUCUCUGAAGGUCCCAUUAUAUUUUAUAACAUGAAAGAGUUAAUAAAAGAGACAGAAACAGGAA